GAAAAGAAAAUUCUGAGUCCUAGAAAAGAACAACUUUGUUUAUACUUUAUACCCUGCAAAGUCCACAGUAAGGUUGAGUUAGCUGUGUUUGGGUGGCUGUUUUAUUUUUCAAUUUUCAGACAUCCCCUGUUCUGUUUUUGUUUAUUUAGAACAAGUAGAAAUCUGUCUCAAUCCUCCCAAAGAUUCAAAAAUCUUUGAAAUUUUGGAGUCUGAAUUAAAACCCUGAAAUGCCCAUCUUGUCACUUGGAUUCCGGUGCCAAAUUUUGCUGAUUUACUUGAAAAAGUUUCAAACUUUUCUUAGAAAUCUAGGGUUUUCAGCACUAUAAAUUUGAAGUCUCUGUAUUGGUGCUUAGCAAGGAUUAAGCAAGGAAACAGAUAAUCCUGAUUCUACAGGUAGUCGCGAGCUCGAUCAACUUCUCAAGUCGGAUAUGGGUCGUUCUCGUGGAAAUUUUCAUGCUGCUGAUGAGGACCCCACGCAAAGAUCAAGGAGAAAGAAGAGUGCUUCCACUGGAGAAAAUUUGGAGUCAUCAUCUUCAGUUCAAGGUUCUGGGGAAGGGAAAAAGGCUUUAUACCACUGCAACUAUUGCAACAAGGACCUCACAGGAAAGAUUCGAAUUAAGUGUGCUAUGUGUCCCGAUUUCGAUUUAUGUGUAGAGUGCUUUUCAGUUGGAGCCGAGGUGACACCUCACAAAAACAAUCAUACUUACAGAGUUAUGGACAAUUUAUCUUUCCCACUUAUGUGCCUUGACUGGAAUGUAGACGAUGAGAUGUUGCUCCUUGAGGGAAUUGAGAUGUAUGGCCUAGGAAACUGGGCAGAAGUUGCCGAGCAUGUGGGGACAAAGAAUAAAGAACAGUGCAUUGAGCACUAUACAGAUGUAUAUUUGAACUCCCCGUGCUUCCCUCUCCCGGACAUGUCUCAUGUAGUUGGGAAAAACAAAAAAGAGCUCCUUACCAUGGCCAAAGGACAUGGUGAAGAAAGGAAAGGAUCUUCUGGACUUGGGGACCACAGUGUGAAGGAGGAAUCCCCAUUUUCUCCUUCAAGAGUCAAAGUUGAAGAAAUGCAUAAAGGUGGUCCUUCUGGCAGGUUACUAGAGUUGGAGUCCAGGGCACGCACUAGCAAUGCAGCCAAGAAGGUCCAUGCUAAAGAUGACCCUGUUAAAAUGGAAGAUCAAGCAGACAGGACUUCUAAGGGGAGGAAAUCAAGUGCUUCAGGAAAUGAUGGCCAGUCUUUAAUGGAGUCAAGUGGUUAUAAUCCAAAAAGGCAAGAGUUUGAUCCUGAAUAUGAUAAUGACGCGGAGCAAUUGCUUGCUGAGAUGGAAUUUAAAGACACUGACACACUGGAGGAGCAUGAGCUUAAGUUGCGAGUGCUGCGCAUCUACUCAAAGAGACUGGAUGAAAGGAAGCGGAGAAAAGAUUUCAUACUAGAAAGAAAUUUGCUGCAUCCAAAUCCUUUCUACAAGGACCUCUCUCUUGAAGAGAUAGAACUAUGUAAGACUUAUGAUGUCUACAUGCGCUUUCAUUCCAAAGAAGAGCAUGAAGACCUGCUUCAGACUCUGGUUAAUGAGCACCGAACUUUAAAAAGAAUUCAAGAACUGAAGGAAGCCCAAGCUGCAGGUUGUCGCACAUCAGCCGAGGCAGACAGAUAUCUUGAGAUGAAAAGGAAAAGGGAAGCUGAAGAGUUAUCCCGAAGAGCAAAACAAGGUGCUCCGAUUGGUGCAAGCAGUCAGGGAGGUCCAAGUGCAUCUACUGGACAUGGUUCAUCCAGCGGUGUUAGUGAUCUGGAAACCCAAUUACUGUCCGAAUCCGAGAAGCGCCUGUGCAUUGAGACUGGAUUAUCUUCACCAGAUUAUCUGAAGAUGCAACAGGUCAUCUCGGUGGAAAUCUUCAGUGGAAACAUCACCAAGAAAUCAGACGCUCAUCACUUGUUCAAAAUGGAGUCGAGCAAGAUUGAUAGAGUUUAUGAAAUGCUUGUGAAGAAGGGACUCGCUCCACCUUGAGACCCAAAUUCCUGUUCUUGUUCAUGACUGUAAAUCACUCCCCUUAUGUACUCAUCAUUUUCUAAAGAAAUGAAGUCAAAUUUUACCA